AUGGCGCUGCGACCAGUUGCAAACGUGUUGGCGCGCUCGGGCUUGGGCUUGGGCUUGGGCUCGGCUUUACGAGCAAACACCCGUGGCCGACCUUGCUUUGCCGCACAGACUUGGUCGGCCUCGCGCCUGCUGGCUCAGCCUGCGAAUUCUGCCUCAAGUUCGAGUCAAGCAUCAACCCCGAACCGACUCGUCUACGAAGGCCCACUUUCCGGCCCGAUCCGUCGCCUCAAGCUCGUGUCUGCCACAAGUGCCACUUUGACUUUUGCUUUUGUGCCCACGAGCAUGCUCAUGGGUGUUGACCUCUGGGCUUCGGGCAAAGCUUUCAUGCUGGGGACGGUUUGCCUGUUUGCGGCCGCUACUACCGCCGUCUUACACUUGACCACACGCGGAUAUGUGCGCAAGAUUUUUGUAGCCACCCCAGAAGCCAGCUCCGAAGCCGCUCCGACGCGCUUUUCAAAGAUUGAGAUUGAGACACUCAACAUGCUGGGCAUGCCCAAGCGCACACUGUUGGAUUGCGCCCGUAUCGAACCAGCAUCACAAACGUUUGGCUUUGAUAGUUUCCGCUAUAAUCAACGGGGAUAUUUUUUGCACGAGGAAUUGGUGAAUAAGAAUGAAACUUUGCGCCUUUCUCUCUUGCCAAAACCCUCGCAAGAACCACCCGCCUCCGCCUAG